AUGCCGGAACGACUCCCGUCGCGGAAACAGCUGCUAACAGUCCUAACACUGCCACUCGACCGCGGCGCGGCCAAUCAGCUGGAGGAGCGCGUCAAUCGACUGAAACUGAUCACCAUCCAGAAAAAGAUGGCGCCAGUCUCAGUCGAGAGACCGACCGAGGAGACAUUGGCCAAGAACGGCUUGAUACCGACCGGCGAGACUCCAGCCACGGCUCGAAUGACUCAAACCGCGGCGAAGACUACCAAGAGUUCAGUCGAGAAAGCACCGGACGCGAUGGAUAUAGAUCCUCAAGCGUCGAGCUCCUCGGCGGAUACCCAGCAACGCCUCAAGUCGCCAGAAGUACGAAUCUUGACGAAGGAAGAGAGAAUUCAACUUCUCGUCAAAGAACACAUAGCUCUUUGGAAGAAGUUCGAAGCGGAUCUACCCUUAGGCGCCAGCGAGGGGAACCACGCUCUCCUCAAUCGAGCUCAAGAGAGUCAAAGGACUCUCCAGAAGUUGAUACCUCGAGCCGAGGUAGAAGAAUACGUAAAGGGUUGGAACCCUUGGACCGCGAAGAGGGAUCUCUUCCCAGUCCUUCAACAAGAGGGAGGAGGGAAGAAAAGAAGUUCCUCCUCCCGAGCCAACUUCUCUUACAAAGACGCGAAGAUGAACGACCCGCGCCGCUGGAAGAAGCUCAUGAAGGCAUGCCACACCCUCGAGUCGGGUUACAUGAACAUGGAUUAG